AUGAGUAAGCGACCUGUAAUUGAAUCUGAAAAGGCAGCUUGGCAUGACGAGGAUGAUGACCAUCUCGUGGUUUCUGUUCCCAAGAAAGUAAAGAAAACAUUGAAAGUGGAACUGAAACGAACGACUGAUGAAGAACAUGGAGAACUUGAUUCAAAGGAAUAUAUCGGCCGUCUGCAAGCAGCUUUCAAAAAACGGCACGGAGGAACUCCGAAAUGGGCUGAUGCAUCUGCAGAAGAUGAUGAAGAAGGAUCAUUGUUAAAAUCUGCGGCAGGAUACUUGGCAAAAGAUGUGAAACUCCCAAAAACGACUAUUCGUACAACCCUUCUGAAAGAUUUCAAUAUUGGACAUCGAUUCAAUCGAGGAAUCACAUCGGUCAAGUUUCACAGAACUCGUCCCGUUCUAAUCGUAGGAGAUCAAGGUGGAAAUAUUCAACUUUUUGAAGUUAGCAGCGAGGUGAAGAAAGAUCAUUUCUUACAAAGCGCUACUUUCACGAAGUUUCCAAUUGAUUGUAUGGAAAUUGCUGGACAAGGGCAUACGGUCAUUUGUUCUUCGACGAGACAGGAAUACUUGAUGCAGUACAAUAUGGACACCAGACAAAUAACCCAAUUGAAGCCUCCGAACACUGUUCCAAAACAAGGCGUCCGGUUUUUCGCAGUCUCCCACGAUUCUCAAUUUCUAGCUAUCGCCGGACACAAUUCACACGUCUAUGUGCUUCACUCUACUUCCAUGGAACACAUCACAACUAUUUCACUUCCUGCCAACGCUACCUGUAUCAAGUUCUUCCCAUCGCACAGCUGCGAGAUGUGGAUUAUUUGCCAGGCUGGUCAGGUUGUAAUCGCUACAAUUGGCUUACCUGGAUCCAAACCGGCUCAACACACAUUCACAGAUGAUGGAGCCGUCCAUGGAACAACUCUUGCCAUCAGCCAGCAUGGAGAUUAUUUUGCCACUGGAAGUGACACUGGAAUUGUCAAUGUUUACUCCGGUCAUUCCUGCCGUGAUUCUACUACUCCAACUCCUCUUUUCAAUGUUUCCAACCUUGUCACAUCUGUCUCCUCGAUCGCCUUCAACUCCGAUGCUCAAUUAAUGGCUAUUUGCUCAAAAGUAAAAGAGAAUCACAUUCGUCUUGUCCAUGUGGCAAGUCAGACAACGUUCAAAAACUUCCCAGAAAGGAACGGAAAAGUGACACAUGCCAGUUGCGUUGAUUUUUCACCCAAAGGAGGAUACUUGGCUGUUGGAAAUGACGAUGGUCGCCUUCAUGUCUUCAACAUUCACCAUUUUUCUGAGUACUGA